AAAAUUUUGAUUAGUAUGUUUUCUUUAGAAUGGGAAUAUCUUUAAUACACAUAAUUAUCUUUUUUGCUAUAUUAUUGGUUACAUAAUUUUAGGCAUUCUUGCUGGCAAUUCACCCUGGAAAGGUUUUUUGUUUUGGUAUUGUCAGACUCCACGACCUUUAUCCUACUUUUUCAAUUACUGGAAGCAAAGUUCAAAAUUUAACAAUUGCUGUUCUAAGGGAAGGACCUUAGCACCAAAGAGAAAGGUUCAGAAGAUUGAUUGCCUCAAGAUGUAAUUAGUUUGUAAUCCUUUUAAAAACCUUGUGCACCUCACGAGUUUUCUUUCAAAACAUUAUCCUUAAAUAAUGUAGUAAAAUGAGGAAAAAAACAAUAGUAAUCUAAUAAAUGUAACAAGAUAAAGAAAGUAUAAUCGUGAAAGUAGUUACAGAUGUGUUUGCAACUUGAUGCACGUAAUGUAUCUUGAUAUGUAAUGACAGCUUGAGUAAUAAAUGCAAUGGAUCAGUUAGAACAAAGAGUGAAUGAGUUCUUUAUCAAUGCAAAAAAGAACAAGCCAGAAUGGAGAGAGGAACAGAUGGAAGCAAUAAAGAAGGACUAUUAUAAAGCCUUGGAAGAUGCUGAUGAAAAAGUCCAGUUAGCAAAUCAAAUUUAUGAUUUGGUGGAUAGACAUCUGCGUAAAUUAGACCAAGAACUUGCGAAAUUUAAAAUGGAGCUUGAAGCUGAUAAUGCUGGAAUUACAGAAAUAUUAGAGAGAAGAUCAUUGGAAUUGGACAAUCCACCUCAGCCAGUUAAUAACCACCAUGCUCAUUCACACACUCCACUCGAAAAACGGAAAUAUAACCCAUCUACACAUCAUUCUGUGGAUCACAUUCCUGAGAAGAAAUUCAAAUCAGAAGCUCUUUUAUCAACACUUACAUCAGAUGCUUCAAAAGAAAAUACACCAGGGUGCCGUAAUAACAAUUUAACAUCAACAUCUAACAGUGCCUACAAUGUUAAUUCAUCACAACCCCUCAGCUCAUACAAUCUGACCUCAUUAUCUCCAGGAGCAGGACCAGGAGCUGUAGCUAUUACUAUGGCAGCAGCCCAGGCUGUUCAAGCCACAGCACAGAUGAAGGAGGGGAGAAGAACAUCUACUAUAAAGGCCACUUAUGAAGCAUUCAAAAACAAUGAUUUUCAACUUACACGAGAUUUCACUAUUUCAAGAGAAUCAACAGGCUAUUCCUCAACACUAGCCUCGACACUUACACAGACAUUACCUACGUCAGCCACAGAUUCACGCAGUGGUCGUAAAAAUAAAAACAGCAAGUCUUCAAAUCACCAAUCAUCGUCAUCAUCAUCUUCAUCAUCAUCAUCUUCAUCAUCAGUGGUAGCACAGGAAAUCCCUCAGCAGAUCCCAGUUUUACCAGAGUCUGAUUCGAAUAGCCAAGUCGAUUGGACAUAUGAUCCCAAUGAACCUCGUUACUGUAUAUGCAAUCAGGUGUCCUAUGGAGAAAUGGUAGGAUGUGAUAAUCAAGAUUGCCCCAUUGAGUGGUUUCAUUAUGGAUGUGUUGGACUAACAGAAGCUCCUAAAGGAAAAUGGUAUUGUCCACAAUGUACUGCAGCAAUGAAGAGGCGUGGCAGUCGCCACAAGUGAAACUCAAAGACUGAGGAAUUAAUGUGACUGGUGCUUUGUCCAAACAAACAAACUUUAAUAAUAUCGAAUGGGAACAACAAAUCACUGCAAUGAGUGACAUAUGUGCAGUACUCUUGUAUGUGUUCCUAUCUGAGAAUGUACAGCUUACUGAUGUAAAUUGGAUUUUCAGUUUUUGUUUUAAGACACAUGAAGAUUAAUUAUCAUUCUCUUAAAAAUACUCUCUUAAUUACCUAACUGAAGCAAAAAAAAUCCUAAAUGUAUAGUCAAUAUUUGUUUAAAGAUGCUUUACUUUUGUGUUUAAUUAUUACUUCUGGAAAAAUUAAAAGUUCAGCUGGCUGAAGUAAAAUGCAAUAUUGGCAAUAAAAUCUUGUAGAGCUGACAAAUGUUAAUGUCCUGAUACAUAAACAAAUAUUUCUUUAUCAUGUGAAUGCCAGUUUGUGCCAUCAGUGUUCAUUGUUUUGGUGCAGCACGUUUCUUAUAAAGAACAUAAAAAUAAAAUUAUCAGGAUGUCUUUGAUACUAAACAGAUUGAAAAUGUUAUGAUGUGUUUCUGGAAACAUGAUUUUUCCACUUGUGUAAGACAUGGCAUUAGUGUUUGACCAGUAAAAGUAUAACAAUUGGUGAAGUGUGAUUUCAUUUUUAACCAUACC